GAGCGGGAAAGAAGAGCUAAGAAAAAGAAACUGAAGCUUGAAGACAUUAUCCAGUCAGCCAGGGUGCUGGUCUUCUGAGCAUAGGAUGGUUCUCCAUCUUGGCAUCAGAAACCCUAGCCCUAUAUUGUUACCGUUGGGAAGGAAAUCUCUGGUGACCCUUCAUGGGCACCGGCAACCCAAUGGAAAUGUUUGUUCAUCAUCCAUUGUGUCUUCUUCGAUCCGUUCCUUCACUUCCUCCGCUCAACCACCUCUCAGGUACGCAGUGCUUGGAGCUGGUUUUGCUGGACUCUCUGUGGCUUGGCAUCUGUUAAAGCAAGCAUCGAAGGAGCUGAAAUUAUGCAUUGACAUCUAUGAUGAGGUUGGCAUUGGAGGUGGUGCUUCUGGGGUUUCUGGAGGACUGAUUCAUCCUUAUUCUCCUAAAGCUAAGCUUCUUUGGAGGGGUGCAGAGUGUUGGAAAGAGUCUAUAGAGCUCUUAAACAUUGCAGAAGCAGCUAUUAUCUCUAGGGAGCUAGACAGGCUAACCCAAGAUUUGAAUCAGAACAAUGAUGAAUCAAUAGUUUGGAGAAGGGGCAUCUUGAGGCCAGCAACCAUGAAAAAUGUGGAUAUAUUGAAUGAGAAUGCUCGAAACUGCCUGGAAAGUUGCAGAAUAGAGUCCAUAGAUAAGGAUGCUGCUCAAAAUCUCAUUCCCAAUAUAUGUGUGCCUCUCUCUGCCAUUUUUAUGCCUGAAGCCAUGACUAUCCAUCCCCAACGCUAUCUUCAAGCACUUUUCUUAGCAUGCAAAAAACUAGUGAAGAGUUCAUUGGUGUCAGGUUAUGAAGAGAAAGAAAUAAAUUUGCACAAGAAAUCUGUUCACAAACUCAUUGAACUAGCAGGGGAAUACAAUGCCAUAAUAAUAUGUCUAGGUGCGAAAGCAGGCACACUUCCAGAGCUAUCAGGAGAGCUCCCUUUGAGGACAUGCAGAGGUGUUGUUGCUCACCUGCAGUUGCCCAACGAUAUAGAAGAUGAAUAUGGAGAACAUAGCCCUUCAGUCUUGUCAGAUGCUUGGCUUGCCGUCCAGGGGCCUCGUGAUAUGGUUAUGGGCUCAACAUGGGAUUGGAAAUCAAGAAAUUAUUCACCUAAUGUGUCUGCAGAGGAGGCUUCAUUUGCUCUCGAAGAGCUUCUACCAAAGGCCUCAGCCAAUUACCCUGGCAUACAGAAGUGGAUUUUUAAAGGAGCAAGAGCAGGUGUGAGAGCCAUGCCACCAAAAACUCCUCUUGGAUCACUUCCAAUUUUGGGUUGCAUUGAUGAUUUUGUUGAUGGAAAAGACGGAACUAAAUAUUGGUUGGUUGGGGGGCUUGGGUCAAGGGGUCUGCUUUAUCAUGGUUGGCUUGGAAAAUUAAUGGCUGGAGCUGUACUUUCUUGUAAUGAAGAUGUCCUUCCUUCUGAAUUAACCUCAUGGAAGAAAAUAAAAUUAUUAUAAUGAAAAGAAAGUAAAAGAGAAUCAACUCUCA